AGUUUUCCGGCUCAAGUGGCAUGCCCGCUGCUAUGAUUAGCGUUUGUAGUCAUGGCAGCUGCAUGUCACAAGGCUCUGCCGCUCUACUAUCGGACCUUGAGGACUUGUCCGAGGUGUUGCCAUUGAAGUUCAGCCAGCGCGGCUGCUUGGGCCUAUGUGGUCAAGGUCCCAACUCCUUGCUAGAGAACAUGCCAGCCAAAGCCGGGAAACCCGGCAACCAAGCUGUGAAUCGUUUGGACUCCUUCAGCAAGGUCCUAGCAAUGGUCAAGAAGUUCCUCCGAGCCCAAGGUGCUGAGUUUGCUGUGCCUGAAGAAGUUUUAACAAGAGCUCGCUUCAAAUCAGAUGCCAUGAGGCUCUUGAGCAAGAGUCCGUUCCGCCCACAACACACCCUGGAUGACAUGCAGGGAGCCAUCGAAUCGCUCUCAAAAGCGCUUGACAUGGAAGAUCGAUUGAUCCACGGAUCUGGGGCGAUCACGACGGAUCGUCAUCUGAGUCGAUCACGUGUUUUUGAUCUUCUGCUCCUUCGCGGCAAGGCCUGGGGUCGCCUGUGUUUGGCCAAGCUGAACUCCGACACCGACGUGGAAGCCCUGGUCACCGCAGCGCUGCACGAUUUUGGCCGCGCCCUGCUUGAGAAGCCCAGAUCCUUCGAAGCACUGGUUGAAGCGGCACAUAUCUAUGCAUUUAGUGGUCAAACUACAAGAGCUGUGGAGUUCUAUGAGAAAGCCAUAGAUCUCAUGAAGACCUCCGGUACCACCCACGAGUCUGCUCGCUUGCAGCGUCGAGUGGAGCGGCUCAAAGCAGGAGGAUCGAUCGAAGUAGACACAGGUGACGGCAGCGGCUUGUGGAAAGUCGAAGAGAUCACCGGCGUCACGGCCGACACGUGUGUCUAUCAUUUGCGUCUCGGCCGAUCACCAGGGAAUCCUCAUCCCUAUCCGGAAAGUGCAUGGCAUAUUCAAGUCUUUCUGGGCUCCACCGUUCGAGAAUAUACACCCAUCUCGUCUGUGAGCGAUUGGGAAGACGGGUCGUUGGAUCUCUUGGUCAAGACAUACCCGGAUGGCACGGUGUCACGCUUCUUUGGUACCUUACGAACGGUACAAGAAGCCAGAGACCUCGCGCUGCAGAACUAUGCGCCUUUGGAGGAGCAAAACUGCUGGGUUCGUGUCUCUGCUCCACUCUUGACACUGCAAUUGCCGUCCUUCUCCGAAGGCGGCAAGAUAGUGGGACCAGUGGAAGAUCUUGGCAUCAUAGCAGGUGGUACUGGAAUCGCUCCAGCUCUGCAAAUUCUCUCUGAAUGUCUUCCUGGCAAAUCACUAAACUGUAGGGCAGUCUUGCUGUAUUCCAGCCGGAGCCUGCAGGAUAUUUUGAUGUUGGAUGAGCUUAGGGCUAUUCAAGAGGCAUCAGCUGGACAGGUUCGGGUGGUACACACUCUGACAGCUGUCAAGGAUGUAUUGCAGAGGCUUCAGACACGCUGCUAUUUCUCGGGGCGUCAUGGUCACUUUCUGGAGGACCACAGACCAGAUCCUCCACAGGAACUGACCCCAAGGGUUACUUGAUACUGCAAAGGAAUCUUUGAUGUCCUUGGGCUAUCCUCUCGAUCAGCUCGUGUUCUUGCGUGCUACAGCACAAAGUCAGAAGCCUGAAAUCAUGUCCGAUUCUGAGAGUGACUCCUCACCUGAGCCGGUAGCCAUACCAACGAUUUCUGUUUCACAUGUUGCCUCUCCCGGGGAUUUGCUGAAAGAACAGAUCAGCCAAAGCCAAAGUGACAGUUCUUCGGUCAGUGCCGCCCCAAGUCUGACCUUUGCAGAUCGCGUGCGCCUGGC